GUGGUAUCUGAAUUAAUAAGAUUCCAAAUGUAUUUUAUAGCACUGAGAUAAAAUAAAGAUGAGCGGUUGGAUAAAAGGUGUCUUAAAUUUUCCCAGAAAUUCUCCUUUUUUUUCUCCUCUGUAGUCGAGUUUACCUGAUAAAGUCCAAAGAAGAUGAAGACGAAUGUUGAGAAAUGAGUUGAUAACCGUCUGCCAGUGUCUCUCGAUAUAACAUGCAGCAUGGUUCACGUGGUUAUUGUCAUCUGAAUUGAAAAUGUCCCGAAAAUCUACAUGACAACCAGGAAAAAUGACACUGCUGAUUGAUGUCAGUGUAUUUUCAUAAAGGCGACUGGGAGGUGUCAGGGAAGGGAGAUACGUACAAAUAUAGUUAUAGCUGAGAGAAGACAUCAUAUUGACAUCGCUGUGGACAGAGAAGCAGGCCAACACAGUGACAGAGCUGAUGUUGCUAUAUCUUCUCCAAGAUGCUGUGGAGUCUUUUGUUCAUCCUUCUGAUCGGUGCAUACAAAUGUUCAAAUGGUCAACCCACGUGUCCAGGAGAUACACCCAUAUGUCCAGAAGAGUUCCCCUUCAAUCUACCUGAGCCUGACGGGAACAUCUCGGCCCAGUCAUCAAACCAGGAACACGAUAAUGCUAAAAAAGCUGUUGAUGGGAAGAAAGAAACCUGCACUAAUGAAAUCCCUGGUGGAUGAUUGACCUGAAG